AUGCUUCACAAACGCUAAUAGAGACCAUAAAUCUCCGAAAGAUCACUCUCUGACCGCAGACCUUCCAAAGAAAGAAAACUAUCAAGAGAUUCUUCGCCUUCAACUUCAUAGCACUUCCCUCCAGCUUAUGGGGAUGACUACAGCUACAAUAGUGAUGAUAGCGGAUCACAAUAUAAUACAGAAUCUAAUAUCUCCAAUGUAAAACUCAAAAAAAAGCUCAAUGACAUCUAAAUGAAAAAAGAACAGAAGUAUUUCACGGAGUCACACUCAUAACUGAAGAAUUUGAAUGAAAAAGAUGAGGUUUAAACGAUACCUGAUGAUGCUGAAAUAAUUACAAUAACUGACGAAGAAGCAAAUGAAAUAUAUCUUAAGGUAUGUCUGCAGGUAUAGAAUAGAAAAGGAUACAUAAAAAAGAACUGGUCAGAUGACGAGACUAAGUUACUCAAAUGGGCUGUCAUAACCUAUACUAAGCAGAGAAACAUAUCAUAUCAAUAACUUACUAUGAAUGACUGGUAGAACAUUGCAAGAUUAGUACCUGGUAGAAAUGACAAUUAAUGCCACUACAAAUGGCAGAGUGAAUACAAAACUCAACCACAAAAAGCUCCUUGGACCUAUGAGGAGGAUUUAUUGUUAAAAUAGUUAGUUGGUGAGAGAGGCUAGAAAUAAUGGCAAGAAAUAGCAAAUGAAAUCAACAAAAAGAUGGGGAAUAAUAAGAGACAGGGUAAGUAGUGCAGGGAGCGAUGGAUUAACUUCUUAUCACCAGAUAUCAAGAGAGAGCCUUGGUCACCCAAGGAGGAUCUUUUAUUGCUUGAAAAGCAAAAGUAAAUUGGCAAUCAAUGGGCCUAAAUUGCCAAAGAGAUCCCGGGUAGAACUGAAAACCAAGUCAAAAACAGAUUUAACUCUAUGCUUAAAAAGAUAAGGGAGGAAAAGACAUUCAAGAGCGAGGUAAAGGCAGGGGUCUAGGAGGCUCUUCUAUAAAUUGAAAAUAAAGAUGAAAAUAAGAGUGAACUAGAGGAAUAGUGGAUAGAAGAGCUCAUUCAAAGAAAGAAGUUAGAUAUCUUAAACAUGCCUGAAGAUGAAGAGUUUAAGGAUGAUGGAGAUUUGAAUGCCAACUACUACUCAUAGGUAUCUAACAAUAAAGAUAAUUAAAUGGAUGAUGAUAUUAGGAAGAAUUACAUGACCUAAGAUCCUGUCUCAAACUCAAAGCAUUUUCUUUAAGGUGAUAGUUCAAUGAAAAACUAGACUGGAAUAACUGGAAGCAGCAACUAAUAGUAAUUUCAGUAACAAUUCUAGUAGCAGAAUAAUAAACAGUCGGAAAGUGAAGGGAAAAAUGGAAAUGCUGACCUAAGAUCCCAGUCAUAACCUCCUCAAAAUCAAAAAUAAAAUUAAUCUACUUAGAUGUAGUAAUAGUAAGAUCAUCAUCAAUAACAGUAAACAAUAUUUGUAUAAUAGUAAACCAUAAGUCCCAUUCAACAGCUUAUCUAAUAGAAUCAGUAAAGAUAGUCAAACUUCAUUUAAAAUUAGCAAGUCUAUCCAGGACACUAGUUUUAGAACAUAAAGAUACUGCAAUAAUAAUAGCAGUAAAAACAGAUGGUACAGGCAUAGCAGUAGAUCCUGACAAUAGAUUAAAUCAAGCAAUUCUUGAAUCAAAGCUAACCUCAAUUAAUGCCACUUAUAGAUGCUUUAAUUUAAUCUAAGGUUAGUGACUAGGUUCAAAUAAUACAAAGACAAAUACAAUAGCCAGUAACAGGAUUCAUUGGGGAUAAUAAGGCUUUAUAUAGUAAAGGCCUUGGGGAUGAUCUUGAGAAAAGACUUCAAAUCCUUUCUUCAUUCAAAAACUCCAUGACCAACAAUAGUCACAACAGUUCACCAUAGGAUGGAUCAGUCAUUGUAAGAAGAAGAUGCAGAAGUUAGUCUAAUAAACUUAAUGAACUUAAAAACAACCUUUUAAACUUUCACAAAAUUGAAAAGUCGAGUGCUAAUCCUAAUGCAAAUAUAAAUGUGAGCGGGAGCAAUACAUUAAGCAUGGCAAAUUAAAAUAAAAAAUCUGACAGCAACAACCUUAAUCAAUCAUCUGGCUCAAUUCAAUAAGACCUGACUAUCCCAAACGUACUGCCUUAAAAUUCAAAGAAGUUUGUUGAGGUCCGUUCAGGAGAAAUCUUAUACGUUAAGGAAAACGGAGAAGCCUAUUAUUAAAAACAUGCGAAUGAUUAGAAUCUUAUAAUGAUAAAAGAGUUCUCUCAGCUAGCAAUUUAAGACUCCCCAAUGAGUGUGAGCAGUCAAAUAUAAGAAGCUUCAAACUCAGGUUAGUAGAAAUAUAGCGGACUUAGCUUCCCAGUACCGCUAAACCCAAUCCAUAAAAAGUAUGACCAGUAAGAUCAGCAGCCAAGACAAGGCUUUACUAGCAACUGGAGUACACAGGGAAACCCAGGUUCAGGUGGAGUCAUAAUCCAGAGAACAAGUCCAGGUACUCAAGGAAUCUUUAGAAGUGGAAGUGCUAAUUCCUUGUUUAAUCUUGGAACCCCAAAAAUAGAUCAAUUUAGUCCCAAUACCUUCUUGAUUAAUGGAGGAGGUAAUAAUAAUGCUGGAUAGCAACAUUCUAAUGGACAAAAUUCAAUUAAUGGAAUGCUUUAAAACUCUAUAAAUUCUCCAUUUGGAAUGACUAAUACACCUCCAUUUGAGCAUCAUUUUAUAAAAUCCAAUAACUCACCAGGCACAGCUAUUAUCUAUAACGGUACCCCUCUAUUUAUAAGUAAUUCAAAUGGUAGCCCGAUGUAAUUCACAUAGAAUAUGGGAGACGGAGGUCAAAAUGUUCUUAAUCUUCUAAAUAAUGGAUUAGCAUAAACUUAGUCUAUGUAGAACAAUUCACCGAUCAUAAUAAAUCAAAGUGGAUUCUAGGCCAUAGGGCCAGGAGGUAUUUAAUAAUAAAACUCUCCAGGACAGUUCAUUAUCCAUUCUGGCAAUGGUCAAAUCACCUAGUAAUAAUUUACACCUCCUCUUUAAAGCAAUCAAAAUCUGAUUGGACAAGGAAACAGUCUUUUCAGACCACCAACAAAUAGGACUUAGCUCCACAAAGUAAAUAGCAACUAGAUGUAAGGUAGUCAUCAUCAGUGA